AUGAAGAUUUAUAAGCUCAACACCAACAGAAAUGACAGUUCGUGUCAUGCAUUCAUACAUUGUAUAUUGUGUGAAGAGUUGGAUGAUCCUCCUGUCGUGAGAAGAAGCCGGCUACAUGUGACAGUGAUACUCACAGUUAGACGUUACAGUUGGACAAAGGAUGACACCCCGAUGACUCCUCGGAAAGCUGAUUCUCACAGUGUGUGUACACGAAAUCCGAUGAUAUCCGUCAUAAUCUGGUACAAGCCACGGGAUUACGAGCGUCAAGCACCGGCCGUCACCCACUAA